AUAAGAACUUUUAAAAUUAUAAUAAAUAUAUCUUACAUACUCAUAUUAACAAUUUAUUCGCAUUUACUGCCGUACCAGUGUUUUACCAUAAUGCCCCGUUUUGACGGUGAUCUCCGGUUUUGACGAAAACGACUUCCCGUUGAUUCUGCGCAUGAACCAAAUGAUCCUGAAUACUUUGAAGAGGCUCGUAUGUCGUCCACAUACCUACAGCAUGCGACGCAAACAGAAGCCCCAACGUGUACGCGCUGAAAAGAAGAAGUACCGCCAGUACUCCCCGGCAGCUAUAUCUAACGCCUACAAGGCAGUGAAGAACGGAGAAAUCAACGUUAACCAGGCAUCCAUCAAGUACAAAGUACCGGAGGCCACACUGCGACAUCGACUGAGUGGAGCCGUGAUUAAUCCAGAAUGUACGGGCUCCGGACCCCCGCCGCUGAUGUCAGAGAGCGAAGAGAAAAUAUUUGUAGAUCACAUUUGUAUGCUGUCUAAAGUCGGGUUUGAAUAUAUUAGAGCCGAAGUUGUCCGCAUCGCUUCACAGUAUGCAGUACAUCUGGGUGUGAGAGACGACGAGAAACCACUGUCAAUGAAAUGGUUUUACAAGCUCAAGUCUCGCUGGCCAGACUUACCUACUUUGGGAAAAGUCAGAACUCUGCCCAUCCUACAGGCUAAAGCUGCAAGUCCCCAAAUCGUGUCAUCCUAUUACCUGUUAUUGGAAGGCAUUAUGAAGAAGUAUAAAUUGCAUGACAAACCACAGUGUAUCUAUAGUAUUAAUGAAAAGUCUCUAAUAAAUGACAAUAAUUCAGUACAUUCCGGUAACAGUACUAAAGGGGUGGCAGGCCCUGUGGACCUUUCCUCCUCUACUGUCACAAUGAUUAGUUGCGGGAAUGUGAAAGGGACACAAAUUCCUCCAUACUUUGUGUUUCCUGGAAAACGCAUGAAAAAGGAACUUUUGAUUGGUUGUUCUGCAGGAACCAAUGGGGAGGUGACUGAAACAGGUGAUAUGGACACACAGCUCUUCCAGAGUUACAUUGAGAACCAUUUCCUAAAAUAUGCAGAGGAAUGUAGGGCAAGUGGCCAGUAUAUCUUGAUGCUAUACGAUGGGUUCAGGUCCCAUAUUUCUCUUUCAGUCAUUGAGUGGGCCAAGGUUCACAACAUCCUUCUGUUUGUUCUACCAUUACACAUGUCACACGUUUUACAACCAGAAAAUGAUUCAUGCUUUGGACCAUUCUUAGAAAUGUAUGAAUCAGAAUGUCAAAAACAUUUACAAAGUAACAGUGGUGCAAGCUUGAUCACACGUAAUAGUAUAGGAGAGAUGGCAUGUAGGGCCUACACUAGUGCACUGUCUCCAGCAAACUUAAAAUCAGGAUUCAAACGUACAGGAAUUUAUCCCCUUAACCAGGACAUCAUGCAGGGGAUCGCAAAACAAAACUCAUCAGGAAAUGGAAAAACAAAGAGAGGAGCUAGUGUUAAGGGAAAAGCAGUUCCUGUUAAGAAAAUAAAACUGUCUUUGGCCGUACAUGUAGAAGAGCCUGACAUUUCAGAUCAGGAAUCAGAGAUUGGGAUGUCAUCUGAAGAGGAAUUAUUAUCAUCCUCUGAAGAGGAAGCUGAUUAUGAUGAUACUGACAACAAAAUCAUCGACGUGAACAUACAUCAUCUCACGGAGGAGACGGAGGAGUGUGUUGUCCCACCACAGGAUGUGGCACUUGACCUGUUGUCGCCCCAUCUGCUAGGUGCGUGUGAGACUGUAGUGAGUACGAUGAGUGAACAUGACACACCAGUGACCACUAGUGAUGAGUAUGUCCCUGGUACUCAUUCCAUGGCCUUCAUCACGGUGCCUACCAUGGAUGUUGCCAAAACCCUCUCGCAUGGACUGGUACAAGAAAAGUUAGCAGCUUGUGUAAAUAUCAUACCAUCAGUGACCUCUGUAUAUGAAUGGGAAGGCAAAGUCAAUGAAGACCCGGAACUUUUAAUGAUGGUAAAAACACUUACAGCGAAGGUUGAUGAUGUCAGCAAGUAUAUUAGGGAGAAUCAUCCGUAUGAAGUGGCUGAGGUGAUAAGUUCAAAGAUUGACAAUGGUAACCCUCCUUACCUUAAGUGGCUGGGCGAGGCAGUAAUGGAUCCCCCUGUACAUCAGACAGAAACGAAAACUGAAGAUCAAGAAUAAGCUGGUCGUUUGGAAAGUAAUAUGAGGUGGUGCUACCUGUGUUACCGUCAGAACUGACAAAUGGACAAAAUGGCCUUAUCAUUUUAAAAGUGACUGUAUGGUACACUUUCAGUUAAGUGGUUCAAGCAUGGGGCCUGGUUUCCAGGAUGAGACCUUAGUGUAUAAAUGUAUCAAUGUUGAAUUGUUUUAUUAUUGUACAAUACUGAAGUACAUAUUUUAAUUUGAUCAAUGUCUGCAAGGAUGUCCAUGCCGGAAUAGAAUUUGUUCAGUCUUUCACAAACUAUUGGUAUGUACUUCAUAGUGGAAUGUUGCUCUGUAUUACAAAGUAUAUUCAUACAUCUAAAUAGUAAUUAGUAAAGAAAUAGUACUCUUGAUAUUUAAAAGGGCUUAACCAUUACCCGUACACCUAACUUUUACACUGGAAUGUUCUUAUUCAUCAUUGGGAUGGAGUUUAUUUUUGCAUUAAGUUGGAAAUUUCAAAGUAGCAAAGACAUUUUCAAAAAGCAAGAAAACUGUAGUCACUGAUAAAACCUAAAACCUAAGAUUUGAAGGUGUUUUUGCAUUCACAUUUUAAGAAAUUAAGGUACCAAGUAUUUGGUAUACAUGUACAUGUAGAUAUAGACAGGUGAUUUCAAAGGUAGUUUUGACUAGUUAUGGAGAUAUUGUAGUUACGGACAAGUGAUCUUUGUGCCAGUUUUGACUAGUUCCAAACAGUUGAAUUGUAAGGAGGAUUCAGCCUAGUUAUUAUUAGAAUCAAGUUAACAAUCAUAGCCAAGUAGUCUCUAAGGCAGAGUUCACUUGUCUACACUUAGUCACAGAUGAACUGAAGAAUCCUCAACCCUUUCACCCCUAUGUAACAUUAGUAGACUCUACCUUGCAUGGAUCUGAAUGAGUCCAUUAUGGUCUACAGUGGUGAAAGUGUUGAAGAAUAACCUACUGUCUCUGUGGUCUGUUGGGACUAUAGUAUAACUGCUGCUAUCUGUCGUGUAUUGAUCUCAUAUGGACAUUUAUUGUAAUGUAAAAUAUGGUGGAUCAUUUUAAAAUUUACCUGAAGUUGUUGAAAUGGUUAUGUGCAUGCUAUUUGUUGAUCUCAAAACACUCCAAUUGAAUUCAACAUAAGUAUUUCUCCAUAGUACAUGUACAUUCAUUUGGAUGUGCGGGCGAUAAAAUGUUUGUUAUACAUGUACAGCCAUUUCAAAUGUUGUGGUGCACAAUUACCUAAAUAAUAAUAAAUGAUGUAAAAAUAAA